AUGGUGGCUAAUGAGGAAGCGAUGCGCGGGCGACGAAGCGCGCGUCGCGGGCGAUCUGGUCGCCAGUCGCUCACUCGUUGUUCCUGGAGCCGCCGAAGUAUUCACUGGUGCUGUGAACAGAAUUACAACAGGCACAGGGCAGCCGGCGUGUUUACCGUGUGCUGGAAAAUUUCUCCCCGAAGGCGUGCUAUCAAUCGCGCCCCCCGUCCCCCGCCGCGUCCACGCCGCUCCUUAUAUACCGCGGCCGCUCCCGGGCCGACCACACCGCCACCAGCCAUCCGAUCAUCGACAUCGUCUUGCUCUCUCCCAACUACCAAAAUGGCCAAAUUUGUUAUUCUUUUCUUCGCCUGCUUGGCCCUCGCAUCUGCGAGAAGCCGCCGCGAUGCACCUAGCCCCCUGGAGGAUCUCGAGAAGAACACGGUUGCGAUCCAGAAGACCUUCUCCGACCAGCUGAACGCCCUCGUCAACUCGAAGAACACUGAGGAAGUGAACAAGGCGCUCAAGGACGCCUCAGACUCCGUGCUAAAGCAGCUCUCUGCCUUUUCCAGCACCCUGCAGAGCGCGCUGAGUGACGCUAACGGCAAGGCCAAGGAGGCUCUGGAGCAAGCCCAAGCUAGCCUGCAGAAGACCGCUGAAGAACUCCGCAAGGCACACCCCGAGGUCGAGAAGCAAGCCAACGCCUUAAAAGAGAAACUGCAAGCUGCCGUCACUAGCACCGUCGAUGGGACCCAGAAGCUGGCUAAGGAAUUUGCGGCCAACGUCGAACAAACCAACCAGAAACUAGCGCCUCAGAUCAAGCAGGCUUUCGACGACUUCGUCAAGAAUGCCGAGGAAGUGCAGAAGAAGCUGCACGAGGUCGCCAACAAGCAGUGAGCGCUGCCACGACACCGACUAUUGUGAUACACAUAUUGUAAUAAAAUAGCCUAAUUCUUA